CCGAGAGACGACACUCUACGUGUGUGCCUGCGAGAGCGAGAGCGCACCAGCAGAGCAGACAGCUUCCUCUGCGGCCUGCUGGUCGCUUCGCUUCGCUCCAGUCCAGGGCAAAGGACGGCACAUGGCGGGGGGCGGGGGCGGCCGGGACCUGCCGUCGACGCCGACGUGGGCGGUGGCCCUGGUGUGCGCCGUCAUCGUGCUCGUCUCCGUCGCCAUGGAGCAUGGCCUCCACAAGCUCGGCCACUGGUUCCAUACGCGGCAGAAGAAGGCCAUGCGGGAGGCCCUGGAGAAGAUCAAAGCAGAGUUGAUGCUGAUGGGCUUCAUCUCGCUGCUCCUCGCCGUGGGGCAGACGCCCAUCUCCAAGAUAUGCAUCCCGGCCAAGGCUGGCAGCAUCAUGCUGCCGUGCAAGCCGCCGAAAGGCGCCGCCGCCGCCGCCGACGACGACAAGAGCGACGGCCGCCGGAGACUCCUCUGGUACCCGCCGUACCCUGGAUACGAUGAGCCCGGGCACCACCGCCGUUUCCUCGCCGGCGCGGCUCCGGACGACAACUACUGCAGUGACCAAGGCAAGGUGUCCCUCAUCUCCUCGGCCGGCGUCCACCAGCUGCACAUCUUCAUCUUCGUGCUCGCGGUGUUCCAUAUCGUCUACAGCGUCGCCACCAUGGCGCUGGGGCGUCUCAAAAUGAGGAAAUGGAAGAAAUGGGAAUCGGAGACCAACUCCCUGGAAUACCAGUACGCAAACGACCCUUCACGGUUCCGGUUCACGCACCAGACGUCGUUCGUGAAGCGGCACCUGGGCCUCUCGAGCACCCCUGGAGUGAGAUGGGUCGUGGCGUUCUUCAGGCAGUUCUUCGCGUCCGUGACCAAGGUGGAUUACCUGACCAUGCGGCAGGGGUUCAUCAACUACCAUCUGUCGCCCAGCACCAAGUUCAACUUCCAGCAGUACAUCAAGCGGUCCUUGGAGGACGACUUCAAAGUCGUCGUUGGCAUCAGUCUCCCGCUGUGGUUCGUCGCCAUCUUCACUCUCUUGAUCGAUAUCAAGGGAUUCGGCACGCUUGUCUGGAUCUCUUUUGUCCCGCUCGUUAUACUCCUGCUAGUUGGGGCCAAGCUGGAGGUUGUCAUCAUGGAGAUGGCCAAGGAGAUACAGGACAAGGCGACGGUCAUCAAGGGGGCGCCUGUGGUGGAGCCAAGUGACAGGUUCUUCUGGUUUAACCGCCCUGGCUGGGUCCUCUUCCUCAUCCACCUCACGCUCUUCCAGAACGCCUUCCAGAUGGCGCAUUUCGUUUGGACACUGCUCACCCCAGACCUGAAGAAAUGCUACCACGAGAGGCUGGGCCUGAGCAUCAUGAAAGUUGCGGUGGGGCUGGUUCUCCAGGUCCUCUGCAGCUACAUCACCUUCCCGCUCUACGCGCUCGUCACGCAGAUGGGGUCGCACAUGAAGAAGACCAUCUUCGAGGAGCAGACGGCCAAGGCGGUGAUGAAGUGGCGCAAGACGGCCAAGGAUAAGGUGCGGCAGCGGGAGGCGGCAGGCUUCCUCGACGUGCUGACGAGCGCCGACACCACGCCGAGCCACAGCCGCGCGACGUCGCCGAGCCGGGGCAACUCGCCGGUGCACCUGCUCCACAAGUACAGGGGCAGGUCGGAGGAACCGCAGAGCGGGCCGGCGUCGCCGGGGCGGGAGCUCGGGGACAUGUACCCGGUGGCUGACCAGCAUCGCCUGCACAGGCUGGACCCCGAGAGGAUGAGGCCCGCCUCGUCCACCGCCGUCAACAUUGACAUCGCUGAUGCCGAUUUUUCUUUUAGCAUGCGGUGACCUGACCUUGAACGAAUUCUGUGUCCUUACUCUUGUAUAGGGAAGCAAAAGCAUAGACGGAGAACAUAAUGACACGUUACGUUAGGG